AUGGACCACUUCUCGACGGUACUCCAGCGACCUCCUCAUUUCGAUGAGGACGGGAGCAACGGGGUGACGAGCGAGGACCGUGGACCACGAGGAGGCCUGCGCGACAUCCUCAACCCCGUCAGCACAACCUCACAGGCACCGUUAAGCCAUGGGACGCAAGGAACGCCAGGAACGCCCGGAGCGCCUGCACCGCCUCGACCACGCUCGUCCUUCAAUCUAAGAUCACCAACACAACCGGAUUAUCACCACCCGGGUCCCUACUCUACCUCUCCGCCUUCGACCGGCCUCAGCAGUCAGCCGUCAGGCCCUCGUUCCAUCCUCAACAACCCGUUCGUUUCAACCUCCACCCCUUCGCUGCCGCCGACAAUGCAAGCACCACAGGGCAUUGCAUCAUCAGCGACGUCCUCCGGCCUGCAGCAUCCGCCCUUGUCACCAUUACACGCGCCCCCUGUGUACUAUCCAUCAGAAAUUCACGAUCGGGAAUUGAUGCGCGAAAAGCCAGCGCCCAGCAGUUUUUACGACCCAACCGUCGACGCGAGGGAGCGUGAGCGGAAGGUCUCAGACACUGCUUCCUGGCGCAACGCGACGCAAAACUCGACGCCAAAGGCCCGCGAUUCGUACACUUAUUCCCAACCCUCGUCAGAAUACUAUAACGGCAGCUACACUUCGACUGCAGCGCCAUCUUUCCCACCGCGAAGUCCUGUCUCCCAUCCACAUCCUGCUCCCUCCCUCACCAUGGGAUCCAUCAGCCCAUCAUCGAGGGUCCGAAGCAUUACAUCGCCUACUUCGAGACAUGUUCCUGUCCCCGCCUCGGAUCUCAACGGAGCGACAUCGACAGCAUUGCCAGCUCUCUCGCGGAUCGAAUCGCCAGCCCCUCGAUCCAAAACCCCAGCUGCUGCGACUCCUCCGAGUCGUGCCGCCGGGGUCAUGUCCUUCUCCAACAUCCUCUCGAGUUCCGAGCCACUUUCUAAGCCUAGGCCGAGUUCGCCUGUCAUUGUCGACGACACGCCUAUCGCCGCUGAGAAACUCGGACAAACUGAGAAGAUCGACAAGGCCGAGAGGGAUAAGAAACAGCCUCGCAGGAUCACAAAGUCUCGUCUCUCAGAUAUCAAGGCUAUUGAGUCAACGCCCAAGACAUCGCGGAAAGUCUCCUCCAAGCAACCCGAGACCCCCGCCUCCCUGAAAGUGCCAACCAAGAGGCUGGCCAAUGGUGUUCCGAAGCACAAGGUUUUCUCUGCGGACAAGGAAAAGAAAAUUCGGGAACUUAUGGAACAGUUUGAUUAUGAAGAUGUCAACGAUACCGAGUUUGACGAGGAGGAGAAGGCGUGGAUGGAACGGGCUCGUCUCCGUCGUCAAGAGAUGAACCGCCGUGAUAUUGCUUUGAGGCGAUGUCGGCGGGGGGAUUUCGCCGAAGCGGAAGCUCGGAAGCUGAAGGCGCAUGCUGACCUAGGCAAAGCCCGAUACGAUGAUCUCCACUACGAUGACGCGCUACAGGAAGUCCGAGAGCGUGAGGUUUUUGCUGAGAAGGAGCGCAAGAAAGACAUGCAACGCAAGAGACGACGUGAGAAGUCCAUGGCUACGACCAUGGAGCAGAGGCUUGCAGCUCUUGCGAGGGCUUCCGCCGCCCAGGAUGAGUCUGAACGCCAGAAGUACAUGCGUGAGGCCGAGCGUGCAAACAAGAAGGUGCAGCAGACGAAGUACAUCUUACAGAAGGGAUUCAAGGGCCCCGCGCGCAACGUCGGCCCAAUCGAACCGAAUCUCGAGGGCGGCACCAUGGUGACAUUCCAGGCUGAAAACAUGGAGCCAGGCAAGUCCAAAGGUAAAGGCAAGGCUGGCGGCAGACUCAAAAAGUCCAAGGAGCAGAAACAAGCCGAGAAAGAGUCGGCUGAGGCUGCCCAGGCGGCCUUGGAUGCCGGCGAGGAGCUUCCCAGCAGAGAAGAGACGAAGAUCCGGAUCAAACUGAGCAAGACAAAAGUAGCCAAGGAGGACGCCGACAAGGACAAGGAAAACAAGGAGUCAAGUAAUCUCAAGGACAAGGAGAAGGCCGUUGAAGAACCGAAGGAUCCCCUAGAGCUGAAGUUCCAGUCUAAGGGUUUCAACCAGAUAUAUGACCAAAUCUGGCGCGAUCUUGCCAGGAAAGACGUCAACAAGGUCUUCAGACUGGCUACCGACUCCUACUCUACAAAAGCUUCGAACCUCAAAAAGACGGCUAUCCUCGCGUCAAAGGAAGCGAAACGAUGGCAACUCCGGACCAACAAGGGCACCAAGGAUCUCCAAGCACGUGCCAAGCGCGUCAUGCGCGACAUGAUGGGCUUCUGGAAGCGCAAUGAGCGGGAGGAACGUGACCUGCGCAAGGCAGCCGAGAAGCAGGAGCUCGAGAAUGCCCGCAAGGAGGAAGCAGACCGCGAAGCAGCGCGCCAAAAGCGCAAGCUCAAUUUCCUCAUCUCCCAGACAGAGCUCUACUCUCACUUCAUCGGCAAGAAGAUCAAGACAAACGAGGUCGAGCGAAGUACCGAUCACCCCGAUGUGGCCGCUGAGGACAAGGAAAAUGUCCCAACGCCCACGCUUGAUAUCGAGGAACCCACUGGACCUGUCGGCUCCAAAGUAACCAACUUUGAGAGUCUAGAUUUCGAUGCCGAAGAUGAAUCAGCUCUCCGGGCCGCGGCUAUGGCCAACGCACAGAAUGCCAUUGCCGAGGCACAGAAAAAGGCACGGGAGUUCAACAAAGACGAUACGAAGCUCGACGAGGAUGGCGAGAUGAACUUUCAGAACCCCACGGGCAUGGGCGAUGUCGAGAUUGAGCAGCCGAAGCUGCUCAACUGCCAGCUCAAGGAGUACCAGCUCAAGGGUCUCAAUUGGCUCGUUAAUCUGUAUGAGCAAGGCAUCAAUGGCAUUCUCGCCGACGAAAUGGGCCUCGGGAAAACUGUGCAGUCCAUUUCGGUCAUGGCCUACCUGGCCGAGAAAUACGACAUAUGGGGGCCCUUCCUUGUCGUCGCCCCGGCAUCGACCUUGCACAAUUGGCAGCAGGAGAUAACCAAGUUUGUCCCCCAGUUCAAGGUCUUGCCGUACUGGGGCACCGCGGGAGACCGCAAGGUAUUGCGGAAAUUUUGGGAUCGCAAGCACACCACGUACAAGAAGGAUGCCGCCUUCCACGUCAUGAUCACGUCGUACCAGCUUGUCGUCUCAGAUGUGGCAUACUUCCAGAAGAUGAAGUGGCAAUACAUGAUUCUUGAUGAGGCUCAAGCCAUCAAGAGCUCCCAAAGCUCGCGAUGGAAGUGCUUGCUUGGGUUUCACUGCCGUAACCGACUGCUUCUGACGGGUACGCCGAUCCAAAACAAUAUGCAGGAACUGUGGGCGCUGCUGCACUUUAUCAUGCCGUCCCUGUUUGAUUCCCACGACGAGUUCAGCGAAUGGUUCUCCAAGGACAUCGAGUCGCACGCCCAAAGCAACACAAAGCUAAACGAGGACCAGCUCAAGCGUCUGCACAUGAUUCUGAAGCCGUUUAUGCUUCGUCGUGUCAAGAAGCAUGUUCAGAAGGAACUUGGCGACAAGAUUGAGCUGGAUGUGUUCUGCAACCUCACGUACCGUCAGCGGGCUAUGUAUUCCAACCUGCGCAACCAGAUCAGCAUCAUGGAUCUCAUUGAGAAGGCCACCAUCGGCGACGAUGACUCGGCCAGCCUCAUGAACCUGGUCAUGCAGUUCCGGAAGGUGUGCAACCACCCCGACCUAUUUGAGCGUGCCGAUACCUCCUCACCCUUCUCGUGCGGGUACUUUGCCGAGACGGCUUCGUUUGUGCGUGAGGGCUCAAAUGUCAUCGUCGGCUACUCCACGCGUAGCAUGAUUGACUACGAACUGCCUCGGCUAAUCUGGCGCGACGGUGGGCGGCUAACAAAGGCUGGCCCCGACAAUCCGGUUGCUGGCUUCCGGAGGAAGUAUCUCGAUCAUAUGAUGAACAUUUGGGCUCCCGACAACAUGCGAGAGAGUCUGGAAGGCACGGAGGGCUUUUCAUGGCUUCGCUUUGCGGAUACCAGCCCUCAAGAAGCCUACCGGACCAGCCACCAAGACAUCUUUACCCGUGCUGCGGAACUGGCAAGGAAGAAGUCUCGGCUGGGUGACAUCAAGCUCUUCUACGAUGAGCCAGAAGAUCAGGGCUGGACACCGGCGCAUGCCAUGUUCCAGAUUCGGGAGCAAGAAGAUCGCAGGGCACUGGCCACGUUUACCGACUCAGGUAUACUGGACAACCUGAUGAACGUGGCACGCCCUGCAUUUAGCGACGUCGGACUCGGGCGACUGGAGCAGGCUGCCCGCCCUCGCGCCUCGGCUCCGCCGAUUGACGUUGUCUGCGAUAGUCGCGGCGCCGUCAUUGAGCGCGAGAAUAUCAUGUUCAAUGCGGAGAUGCGCAAGGUUCUGUUCGGGCCCACGCCGGCUGAGGAGAGAGCAUUUGUCUCGCAGAAGGUGCCCCUUGAACGCUACCCACCGCGUGGCUUGCUUCCAGCGCCGGACAAGGAGAAGCAGCGAUUCACCAACAUUACAGUUCCGUCAAUGCGCCGGUUUGUCACCGACUCGGGCAAGCUCGCCAAGCUGGACGAACUCCUACGGGAGCUGAAGGAAGGCGGCCAUCGCGUGUUACUGUACUUCCAAAUGACGCGUAUGAUUGACUUGAUGGAGGAGUACCUGACGUACCGGAACUACAAGUACUGCCGGCUGGACGGUUCAACCAAGCUCGAGGACAGGCGAGAUACGGUCGCGGAUUUCCAGACGCGGCCCGAGAUUUUCAUCUUCCUCCUGUCCACUCGAGCGGGAGGUCUUGGCAUCAACCUGACUACUGCGGAUACUGUCAUCUUUUACGACUCGGACUGGAACCCGACGAUCGACUCACAGGCCAUGGACCGAGCGCACCGUCUCGGUCAGACAAAGCAGGUCACGGUAUACCGCCUCAUCACGCGUGGCACCAUCGAGGAGCGGAUCCGCAAGCGGGCCAUGCAAAAGGAAGAAGUCCAGCGUGUCGUCAUCACCGGCGGCUCGUCAGGGGCUGGCGGCGGCGUCGACUUCUCGGGCCGUAGGGCGCCCGAGAACCGCAACCGCGACAUUGCCAUGUGGCUGGCGGACGAUGAGCAGGCCGAGAUGAUUGAGCGCCGCGAGAAGGAGCUCCUGGAGAGUGGCGAGUAUGACAAGCUGCAGAAGAAACGGGGCGGUAAGCGGAAACGGGGCGCCGAAAAUGCGCCCGUCAGUCUGGAUGAUAUGUACCACGAGGGUGAGUCCUGGCCGGUCCCAUGA